UAUUGGUACCAGCUGUUUACGUUCUCCCGUCAUCAUGACGUCUAUAGUUAUUACUUGGUCACCCACUUGAACAGAAUGCUUCAGAUAAGACAAGGUCCCAACUGGGAAAGGGUACCAAAACCCCCGCCUGGAAGAGGGCAUUACACGCUAUACAGUACCAAAAAUGGACUUUCGAUCAACUGAAAAAUUGGUACCAUGCCCCUACGAUCCAUCCCAUACAGUCCAGCCUCAUCGCCUUGCAAUUCAUAUUGUUAAAUGUAAAAGGAAUCAUCCUGAUAUGGAUAUGGUACCGUGUCACUAUAAUGCGACGCAUGUACUGCCGUCUUCAAAGAUAAAGGCACACGAGUUAGAAUGUGCAGAGAAACACAAAAAUGAAGUGGAAUUUUAUCAAAAGAGGGAGACUUGUAGACGGUUACAGUCGGAGCAGCAUGUGAUAGACUCCAGAAAUCGGGUUUUGGUACCUCCAGUUAUUAAUCAAGGGGACUUGGAGGAAGACUGGGAUAACGACCUUGUCGAAUCGUCUUAUGAUCCUACAAAAUCAAUGCUGCUGAAGAAAAUAGCCAGAAAGCCGCCUGCAGGUCUAAGUAGAAGUGGUAAACUUGAUUGGCGCACAAAUGAAAUUGAACGGGUGCAGGCAUUAGAGAAUCGGUGCAUAAAAGAUAUAACUGCUGCUGCCAGUGGAGAGAAUCAUGCUGAACAUGUUUACGAAUCCUAUGAUGCUGAGGGCGGAAUUAAUAUAAGCGAUGAGGCAGCAGGACACUACAUAGAAAUGCAGCAAGCUGAUGUUCCACUGCAUCACUUGGAGGUUGAACCCCAUUCUCAUAAUGCCAUGACAUUAACUGGCAGUGUCAAUGGUGCAAGUGAUCAGAGUGGUAACAAUUUUGAGCAGACCCAGUCACUUGACAUAGACGAGUACAAAAGACGAUGUAUCAACAAGAAGCUCAAGUUGACGAAAAAGUUGCUCCAAAUUAACAAAUUAGAGCAAAAGAGAGACGCUGGCAUUCUGUUGCUCCAGCAGGAGCAAGCAAAAAUAGCUAAAAAGCAAGAGUUUGAAACUGAGCUUUCUGAGGUACUGAAAAAUUUAAAAAUGUUCUAGUCAUAAAGAAAAAUAAAAAAAAUUAAACGGGUUACCGUAUGAGAUGUAUGGCUUGUAACUAGUCAUUUAUUACUUUUAUUGUAUUUUAUGGCUUUUAAUUUUUAUGCUGUGGGCUUUUUAACUUUUAAGUGAUAGAGGGAACAAACACAAUUGAGGGGUUGUUGAAAGAAAUGUAUGGAAUGUCUACUGCCAAUUUAAUGUAGUUACAAAGAUGUACUGUACUAUGCUUUUUAAUAUUAAGAAAUUUCGAGUGGGGAAAAUAUCUACAGGCUAACAGUUGCAGCAUGGAACAGCAGUUUUAAACUGCAAGUUGGUUUGCUUUAACCUACUUCACUGUAAAGGUGUACAACAUUAAAUUUGCACAUAAAUUUCUAGUAGGGUGUUUAAAAUAUAAACAAAAUUUAUAAUGUCCUAAAUAACACAUUACUUGCUGCCAAAGAUGCAGAGAAGUUACACUAAAGAUGUAAUGCUGCACAUUUUAAUUGAGGAAUGAAUGUUUAUAUAGGAUAUGCUGUUUGGUUCACUAAAUGCAUGACCCUUGGUGCACGUUUAAUGAAUCUAGUUCAGCAUGGAAUUUUUAAAUUUUAUUUUAUUGCAUCUAUUUUGUCAUUCAUUAAAAUUUCUUUAGAGCAAAUAGUGAAGUUUCAAAAUGGUUUUAAUGCAUUUUAUUUUUGGCACGACUAUUUUUAACUGUUUUGCAUGUAAUGUACCUAUAUUGAAUUGCUGGCAUACUGUAAUAGACAAAUAAAUUGUUAAAGUACA